AUGAGCUACAUCGCCCGCCGUGGUCUCUCGACCCUGAUUCCCCCCAAGAUCGCUUCUCCUAAUGCCAUUGGAGCUGCUCAGGAUGCUGCUCGCAUGGAGCGCGUUGUGAGCUUCUACGCCGGUCUUCCCCGCGGCCCUGCUCCCCAGACCAAGGCCACUGGUCUCCUCGGCCGCUACCAGGCUCGCUACUUCAACAAGAACUCCGCGGCUCCUUUGCUCCACGCCAUUGCUGGUAUUUUGUUGAUGGGUUACAGCAUGGAGUACUACUUCCAUCUCCCCAUCCCUCAGCUUCAAACCCGACAACCAUCUCAACGGGCCCGAACCACGUACACAACAUUCGACUCCUCUCUCUCGACAUUUUCUCCCUCGUCGAACUUCUCUUUAAAACAGGGACCACUUCAGGGUUGCAUUAAUUCCCGUGCGCCCAUCUCGAUCCCGCAGCGACGAACGUUGCCGCGCCUUCCAUCCGUCCAUUCUCACCCAAGCUCCUUGAGGUUGGCCGCCCCGACGUUGUCUUCCUGGUUGUGGAAUCCCGAUCUUCGAGGGUACAACCAGACGAAAGAGCAGCAGUUCAAAAGUGGCGAUUCCUGGACCCUGACGAGGUACGCCGCUCCCAGCUCCGCUGCUUGCCUAUGCGAUCGCAAGUCUCCGGGCGCCCUGGUGUCCCCGCACACAUUCAUCCUACCCUCCUGGCUCCUCUCCGCUGGACAGUGGCGACUGACAAAUGAGCAGAGCGGCCGCGAUGUGGUAGAUCAGACCCUGUCGGGCGGCGAGCCUUCGCCUUCCGGCGUUCCUGCGAGCAUCAACGACAAGAGAUCUGCUGAAGGGGACGUGGGGGAACAUCGAGACAUUGCAUUGAAUACGAAACCACCAGUACCGAGUAAUCUGCGAGACAGUGACGAGCUGCGAGAUUCACGAAAUACACAAACGGAAGAGGCGGGUAAUGGCAAGAACGCUUCAGGUCCCACGAUGGAUAUUUCAAAACAGGGUACCGGAAUGAUUGCCUCGCGGGCCUUGGAGCUGAAUGGAGUUGCGUCGGGAUCCGACGGCGGGGAUGACACGGCCUCACUUGGAGGUUCAGAAUCAGACGCCAGCCGGACAGAUGGCAAACAACAAAAUCGGUCUGGCUCUGUCAAAAAGCCCACAAGCUUUAAACCUGUGUCGUUUGCCAAGUUUGCGCUUCCAAAGGCCCCCGGCGUAACUGCGCCACCCAAGGCGCCGGAAAAAGUGCCAUCAACCUCAACCACCCCUCUUGGUACCCCUCAACCGAGUUCCCGACCACGUCUGGUCGCGAAGACCACUACCGGCAUGCGCGAUUCUUUCACCAAGUCAGGUGCAAAUGGUGGGAGGCCGAGCGCGACAGGACCUGACCCAAAUCAAGUGUGGAACAAAAACAGACCUGUCCAGCCACCUCCGCCCAAAACCUUGACCGAUGAAGAACUUAAGCAACAAUAUGGAAUUCAUAUGACAUCCCGAAUUCAAGAAGACGGCGGAGGGACAGAGGCUAAAUGGGCUGACAUCGAUGACGACGAGGAUGAUUGGGCACCGGAGACCAUCGAAUGGAAUGACGGAACAAAGUCCUCGUCGACCCAUCCCACUGUCCUCAGACUCGGCGCCAACGCGGAGAGACAGGCAAAGGCUGCGAGUAUCUCGUCCAAAGGUGCUGCCGACAAGACACCGUCCGGUUCGACAAGUCCAGCCCCGCCUCCAGCCAAGUCGCCAUGGGCACCUUUGCCCCCAGUGGAACGGGUGUCUCCUAUUAACCCCCCUGCGCAAAUCUCUCAGCCGCCUCGAAGCGCUGGUCCCCCUCCUUCGUCGUUCCAUGGCGAUGUGCGCCAUAAUCUCCUUCCACCACAAGAAAUAGCCGCUGACGAUUUCAAUCGUACUUGGAGAGAGACUGCGCCAGGGGCUCCCCGGGAGUUGUACAAUUCUCGAUCCGGCCGGUAUGAGCCAGUACAAGAUAACCGGAGAGGAACAUGGCGCCCGGAUCACGGUCCUCGUCCACCUGCGGUUCUACAAAGACCAAACCAAGGAGAUACUGGUGGUCCUGCAGAGCCCUCUGCCGCGUUCCAAACCCAUCGAUCUAGUCACCAGGAUGGUAUGGGCUGGAACCGACGUCGCGCAUCAUCCAAUGUUAGUGGCGGAAGUGGAGGAUUUGGUCGCCGAACAUCAUUCGGACGGACAGAUGCGCCGCCAAGGUACAUGGACGGCCGGCGAGGCUCCCAGACCAACGUUAUCCUCGACCCAGCUUUGUCAGGCCCCGAAACUGCACCCUCCAAAGAACCUCUUCCACCCCAGCAACAGGCUGGGCCAGGAUGGGCAGGCCAAGGACGUCGUAAUUCUAGUACGGCUUCUUCUAAUGAACCUCACCAGCCCACUGCGCCGAUUCCCCCAGAAGUACCUCAAGAAGACCCCGUUGUGCUACAAGAGAGGAUUAUGAAGGACGCAAGGGCACAGGCUAGACAACGAAGACUUGAGCAGGAAGAGAAGGAUAGGAUCGAAAGAGAGGAGAGAAUCAAAAAGAAGCUUGCUGCUCUUGGACCACCCCCGGAGAAGUCUCAACGAAAGGAAAGCGCCGAAGCUCGCAAACCGCAAACACCUGUGGCACCAGCCCCUGCCACUAUGCACUCACCACCCAAACCACCUGUCCCUGAACCGAGCGGUGAGCCCAAACAAUACGGCAUGAUGAAAGUUCACCACCCAGACUCAGUCAAGAAACUCGUUGCGGCAAACGAGCGAGAUCGCGCAGCUGAAAAAACCACGGACAAAGUCUCAUCUCCCCCCCACACGCGUCGAGCUCCACACUCUCCUCGUGACCUGAAGAGUGAGCUGCCACCCUCUGCGAAUAACAUCAAACCCUCUCCGCAAGAGACCCUCCCCACGGACACCAAAGUUGAUGAGCACAACCCUCACUGGCGUGGUGGCCUUAACGUCCCAAGCUCCCACGCUCCCUGGUCUAGUGACGCCAACAUGGUUUCCAAUGCUCCUUCGGUAAACAAUCCUUGGAAGCUCUUGAGUAGUGACAGAACUCUUGGUAACGGAAUCUUUGACCAGACCCUGGGUGGAUUCCCAUCACGCGAGCUUCCUCUGAGGAGUCAACUUGGGUUGGAUCAAGCCUCUGUGCCCCCACCAGUCUUUUCAGGUCCGCAGCAGUCAACCUCCAUCUCCCCCCUGCCUUCACCUGAGACCAGGCAUGCUCCUGUCGAUUCUUUGAGUCCCAUCGGUCGACCAGGCCCGAUAGGCCCGCCUUCUUCACUCAAUCACCCAUGGCAGCAAGACUCGGGACCCGCUGGUCCCCUGACUUGGAACAACUUCCAUGUCAUCACUGCACAGCGAGAGCAGGCCCUGCAGGAGCAAGCCCGCAGAGACUUUAUUGCGAACAAAAACAAGCCCAACCCGAUCUUUGCUCAAAUUGAGGAAUCCUGGACUCCGAUCCGAGGCACUGAUGAGACAACACAGAGAAGUGUCAUCGGUGCCACUGCAGCCCCUGCGGCGAGGAAUAACAAGAACAACAGUCAUCCUCCCCCUAACCCGCUAACCGGGCUUGAUGCUUCCACCGAUGCCUCCUCGUUCUCCGAUAGCCACGCUCGACCCAUUGCCAGCCUUCCUGCACGCAGCUCUCGAUUUUUCCCACAAGCAAGCGAAGCGCCCAAACGACCUGCAACUGAGGUUUAUGAUGAUCAACGGAGCCCUUCUCCGCCUCCCCCCGAGGAUAUCUCGACCCAUCCCGUGUACUUUGGCGGAGCCGGCAGGCCUUUGGCUUUGGCCGCGCCCGUUGCUCCCCCCACGUUUGCAUCCAUGGCGGCUGCACCCCCGCGAAGGCCUGGACCAUCUGCACCGAGCGCUAUCUCGUGGCAGGAGAAGAUCAAUGGACUCUUCGGUAAGAAGACGCCGAUGAAUAGAAAGUCUGCAUUGGCCAUCACUUCGGCAACAAAGGAGCCCCUGGACGUUCCAUUGCUUGCUGCUGCUGUGUCUGUUUCCUUGCCAAAUAUUGAGCAUGAUUUGCACACCGGCAAUGGACACCUUGCUGUCCAGCAAGUUGAAGAGCAGGAGGAGAUCUUCGAGGACCGCGAGCCAGGCUCUCUUCCCAGUGUUCGAGUGCCCAACAUGGCUCCAGCCAAUGCCUGGCAGGCCGCUCCUGCACCUCCAGCCUUCGUCUUCGGGCCAAGAUUCUUAGGCCGAUGCAAGUCCACAGUGUUGAACCCUAUUGGUUCGGAUACCCGCAAAGCCGUCAGUGUGCCCAGGAGAAUGGCCGGCGGCCCUUCUUUUCGCCAACGAAACACUUCGGGUGUCAAGCCUCGGAAAGGAAACAAGCCACGGGAGCCGUCGGGAAGCAAUUCGACUGCCAAGAAGCCCUCCGGUUCUCCCAAUCAGCAGGCAGGUGGAACUGCGUCCUCUUCACCUCACCACUCCCUCGCGCACCGCAUCAUGGGGGCCCCGGAACCCGUCCGGCCCGCGCUCCUAACUACACGUCCUUUGCGCUCACGCAAAAACUCCUGA